UCCCCCGUGUAAGAGUGAGGUGGAGAAGGACAUUCCAGGAGAUGUCACCACAGAAAAUCCCAGUACGAAUUCUGAGGAAAACUUCAUGUUAUCACUAAAUUAUAAAGUAGAAGAUGAAGAUAUCAUUCAUCGCUCUUCAGGAGAAAACCUCUUUACCCAUAAUGUACAUCCAGGACUUCACAGUGCAGAUCUAUCAUAUAGUCCUCCUAAUCAUGAGGAACCUUCUGCUGACCAAUCACAGAUUGUUACCGCAAUUACAGGUCAGAAAGGGAGUGAAAGGUUAAAUUUUAGUAAAGAGUUCGCACAAAGCUCAGGUCUUUCUACACACAGAGUAAUUCUUACAGGAGAGAAACCAUACUCCUGUUCACAAUGUAAGAAAUGUUUUAGACGUAAAUCACAUCUUGUUAGACAUGAGAUAAGUCACACAGGAGAGAAGCCAUAUUCAUGUUCAGAAUGUGGGAGAUCUUUUAAACAUAAAUCAUAUCUUGUUGAACAUGAGAAAAGUCACACAGGAGAGAAGCCGUAUUCAUGUUCAGAAUGUGGGAAUUGUUUUAAACAAAGAACAAAUCUUAUUAGGCAUCAGAGAUUUCACACAGGAGAGAGACCGUAUUCAUGUUCAGAAUGUGGGAAAUGUUUUGCACAAAAAUACAACCUUGUUGGACAUCAGAGAAUUCACACAGGAGAGAAGCCAUAUUCAUGUUCAGAAUGUGGGAAGUGUUUUAAACAAAGAACAACUCUUAUUAGGCAUCAGAGAUUUCACACAGGAGAGAAACCGUAUUCAUGUUCAGAAUGUGGGAAAUGCUUUACGUUUAACUCUCAACUUGCUAUACAUGAGAGAAGUCACACAGGAGUGAAACCAUAUUCAUGUUCAGAAUGUGGGAAAUGUUUUGCAGGGAAAUUGAUUCUUGUUGCACAUGAAAGAAGUCACACAGGAGAGAAACCAUAUUCAUGUUCAGAAUGUGGAAAAUGUUUUACAGAUAAAUCAAAUUUUGUAAGACAUAAGAGAAGUCACACAGGAGAGAAACCAUAUUCAUGUUCUGAAUGUGGGAAAAGUUUUACACGAAAAUCAUAUCUAAUUAAACACGAGAGAAUUCACACAGGAGAGAAACCAUAUUCAUGUUCAGAAUGUGGAAAAUAUUUUACACAAAAAGCGAGUCUUUUUAAACAUCAGAGAUGUCACACAGGAGAGAAACCGUAUUCAUGUUCAGAAUGUGGGAAAUGCUUUGCACAAAAAUAUAAUCUUGUUGAACAUCAAAGAAUUCACACAGGGGAGAAGCUUUUUUCAUGUUCAGAAUGUGAGAAAUGUUUUACACAAAAAUCAAGUCUUCUUAGACAUCAGAGAUUUCACACAGGAGAGAAACCGUAUUCAUGUUCAGAAUGUGGGAAAUCUUUUAUGUAUAACUCACAACUUGUUAUGCAUGAGAGAAGUCACACAGGAGAGAAGCCAUAUUCAUGUUCAGAAUGUGGGAAAUGUUUUAGACAAAAAGCAGAUCUUGUAACACAUGAGAGAAUUCACACAGGAGAGAAGCCAUAUUCAUGUUCAGAAUGUGGGAAAUGUUUUACACAGAGAUCAAACUUUUUUAGACAUCAAAGAUUUCACACAGGAGAACAGCCAUUUUCAUGUUCCGUAUGUGGGAAAUGUUUUGCAGGAAAAUCCAUUCUUGUUGCACAUAAGAGAAGUCACACAGGAGAGAAACCGUAUUUAUGUUUAAAAUGUGGAAACAGUUUUACACAAAAAUCAAGUCUUGUUGAACAUCAGAGAAUUCACACAGGAGAGAAGCCAUAUUCAUGUUCAGAAUGUGGGAGAUGUUUUGCACAAAAAUCAGGUCUUUUUGAACAUCAGAGAAAUCACACAGGAGAGAAACCGUAUUCAUGUUCUGAAUGUGGGAAAUGUUUUACACGGAAAUCAAAUCUUGUUACACAUGAGAGAAUUCACACAAGAGAGAAGCUAUAUUCAUGUUCUGAAUGUGGAAAAUGUUUUACACGGAAAUCAAAUCUUGUUACACAUGAGAGAAAUCACACAGGAGAGAAGCCAUAUUCAUGUUCAGAAUGUGGGAAAGGUUUUUCACAACAACCAAGUCUUUUUAAACAUCAGAGAUGUCACACAGGUGAGAAACCUUAUUCAUGUUCAGAAUGUGGGAAAUGUUUUUCAGAAAAAUCAAAUCUUCUUAAACAUAAGAGAGGUCACACAGGAGAGAAGCCUUAUUCAUGUUCAGAAUGUGGGAAAUGUUUUACACAAAAGUUUACUCUUUUAAAACAUCAGAGAUUUCACACAGGAGAGGAACUAUAUUCAUGUUCAGAAUGUGGGAAAUAUUUUACAGAUAAAUCACAUCUUGUUAAUCAUACGAGAAUUCACACAGGAGAGAAACCGUUUUCAUGUUCAGAUUGUGGCAAAUGUUUUAUGAAAAAAUCAGAUCUUGUUAGACAUCAGAUGAUUCACAUGGGAGUGAAACCGUAUCCAUGUUUAGAAUGUGGGAAAUGUUUUGCUCAAAAAUCAAGUCUUGUUGAACAUGAAAGGAGUCACACUGGUGAGAAGCCUUUUUCAUGUUCAGAAUGUGGAAAAUCUUUUACAUGGAAAUCAAACCUUGUUAAACAUCAGAAAAUUCACACAGGGGAGAAACCGUAUUCAUGUUCAGGAUGUGGGAAAUGUUUUACAGAUAAAUCCCAUCUUAUUAUACAUGAGAGACGUCACACAGGAGAGAAGCCAUUUUUAUGUUCAGAAUGUGGAAAAGGUUUUACAGGGAAAUCAUAUCUUGUUAAACAUCAGAGAAGUCACACAGGGGAUAAAAUGUAUUGAUGUUCAGAAUAAGAGAAGUCACACAAGAGACAAGCCAUUUCCUUGUUCAGUAGGUGGGUAAUGUUUUACUAGGAAAUAAUUUCUGGU